AUGGCAAUCCACGACGGCGCAGAAAGAGUACCAGAGAAACAAUUGCAAGAGGACAUUCCUCCUUAUCAAAAUAGUGCACCAAGCAUCUUCGUGCCUGCGAACACUGAUUUCACAAAACCACCACCGGAAUUGCCAUCAGAGCCAAGCAAGCGACGUAACGAGAUACUCGCUCAGAUCGAUGAACAUGCAGACACCGUACAGGACAACAUAUACUACAUGCUUAACCGCGAAAAGACGAGAAUCCGUCAAGAGUGUAAAUGGAGAGAAGAGAAAUUUCCUUCAUACCUUAGAGCAGUACCAGGUUUAACCGAAGGCCAGGAGCGCUGGCUUCCUUCGAGCGGGAUAGAGAUGGACGAGAUCUUACAUAUUAGAUCAUCCACCUCCGAGCUGAGUCGAGGCAAUUACGAGGUACCUCUUGAUUUUACGCACGCUCAAUGCUUGCAUGAAGCCGCAAGACUUGGAGAACCGCCACGCAAGUCAGCUGAGAAGAUGUUGAUGAACUUAGUAAAGCAUGGCGCUCAAAACCUGGAGGGGUUCGCUCAACACGUCAAGAAUGUAAAAGAAGCAAAGAUCAAGGAACUCGAGAAUGAGUUAGUCUCGGAGAGUCGAAGUUCUACGGAAAUUGCGCCUGCGGAUAUUAUGGAUACGAAUUAA